UCAACUUCAUCACUUUUUUUCUUCUUUAUCACAACUUUUGAGAUGUCUUCUAACCGAUACUUGUCUUCAAAGAAUCGUCUUUUUGAACGUCUGCAACAACUUGACGAUAUUUUUUACUUCCCUAAUACUACGAAAGAUACAGUCAGGUUCGUUAAACGGGAAUUCAAAUUCCUGGAUAUAUUUCUCAGCUUGCAGAGCUUCACAUAUGAAUGUCCCAACAUGCUAGAUGUCGUUCAGAAAGUUCAAGCUCUAUUUGAAGAUGCUCUAUUUGACUUUUCUGAAUUAUACCUAGCCGAGUACUUUGAUCUUUGUCCCUUUAUUGUACAAAACAAGAUUUGGUCGAUUAAGAUGGAAAUUAGAGCCAAAUACUCCUUUCCUAAAAUAUCAUCCUCACCAUUUUCGGCCAACAAGGAUGGUAUUGCAAUUCUCAAUUUUUUUACUAAAUUCAUCGAUACUGUGGUAGAGAAUCUUUGUGAUCUAGUUGUUGAUUCUUGUUCACUUCUUUAUGUUCCUGAAAACAAGGAACAUACUGAAGAUGUUUUAAAGGAAUUGAAAUUGGUGCAAUAUUUCGUUUGCUUUGUUUCAGAGAGGUUCAUAGAACCUCAGAGCCAAUAUCAUGUUAGUUUCUUCACUCAUGUUUUAGCUGUGGUUGGUCAUGCAUCAAUGCUUGCCUGGUUUUAUCUUUCAGGCCGUGGGUACGAAAAUCAAGAUGUGAUUGUUGUAGGUGAAAUCAAUGUUUUUCUUUUCUUGCAAAUGGAGUUAAAGCCCAUUAGCACAGUGAUAUACCCCACCAUACGGAAGGCGUUUCAAUCUAAAUUGCCUAGGAUUCAUGGACUAGGCUAUGUUGAUUUCCUUUUGAACAACCUGAAGGAGUUCCAAAGCCGCCAUUCAAAUUCACUAGCUUCUGUCACGAACCAAAUUCUAAUAAUUCAGAAGGAACUCGAGAGCUUGCAACCUUUUCUCAAGGCUAUUACAGAAGGGCGAGACAAUGACCUCGACAAAAUUCACCGUUGUGCUACACAAUUGAUUGGCAAAGCAUAUGAGGUAGAGUACAUAGUUGAUGCAUGUAUAUGCAAAGAAGCUCCUGUAUGGUUCCUCGAGCGUUGGCUCUUGGAUAUCAUAGAGGAGAUUACUGUUAUCAGAGCAGACGUAGCAAAGAUUCAAGAAAAGAAAAUGGCUGGGGAUACGAAGAACACUAGUACGUCUCAUGCGUCAUCAAGUUCGGCAAGCACUCCAAGGAUGAAUGAAGAAAUUGUAGGUUUCAAGGAUGUCAUAGAAAAGUUAAGAGACCAACUAAUAAAAGGAACCAGAGGGCGAGACGUUAUCUCAAUUUCUGGCAUGCCAGGUCUAGGCAAGACGACUCUGGCCUACAGACUAUACUCUGAUAGGUUAGUUGUUUCUCACUUUGAUAUUCGUGCACAAUGUUGUGUAUCUCAAGAAUAUUCACGUAAGAACUUGUUAUUGGUCAUUCUACGUGAUGUUAUUGGUAAAGACUCUAAAAGUAGAGAAAGCUGCGCUGAUCAUGAACUAGCUGAUGAGCUUCGUAGAGUUUUACUCUCCAAAAGAUAUCUCGUCCUUCUUGAUGACGUGUGGGAAGCUAGUGCUUGGGAUGAUCUAAUAGGUUGUUUUCAAGAUACCAAUAAUGGAAGUAGAAUCAUUGUAACAACGCGAAAUAAUGAGGUUGCCAAUUAUGCUCGAUUUCGAAGUGAUCCCCUUUCCCUUCGUAUGUUUAACGAUGAUGAAAGUUGGGAGUUACUUCGAAAGAAGGUUUUUGGUGAAGAAAGAUGCCCCCCUCUCUUAAAUAAUAUUGGGCAACAAAUUGCAAAAAAGUGUGGUCGGUUACCUCUUUCAAUUGCUUUGGUGGGUGGUAUUCUUGCAGAGACGGAGAAGAAAGAAGAAUGUUGGGAACAAGUGGGCAAUAAUUUAGUUCCCCACAUUCACGGCGAUUCAAGGUCCAUUAUAGAACAUAGUUAUCGGAUUUUACCCUACCAUAUAAAGCUUUGCUUUCUUUACUUUGGAGCAUUCUUAGAGGACAGUGUGAUUAACGUUUCGAAAUUGACACGCAUGUGGAUCUCCGAAGGAUUCAUAAAAUGUUUUGAAGGCAAGAGUUUGGAGGAUAUAGCAGAAGGCUAUUUGGGAAAUCUUAUUGGAAGAAAUCUAGUGAUGGGAACUAAAAGGAGCAUUGGAGGUAAGAUUAAAGCAUGUCGAAUACAUGACCUAUUGCAUGAUUUCUGCAAGGAGAGAGCAAAGAAAGAGAAUCUUCUCCUAUGGAUAAAACGGGAUCAAAAUACCAGGCAAUUUUCUCAUCGCAUGUCCAUUUAUGGUGAAAGGUAUCAUACUGAAGAGCGUAGCUCGUGUUGGUCACAUGUUGAUUCUAUAAUUUUGCAUUAUAAUUGCCUUGUAGUUGGUACUGUCUCCCAUAUUUUUCGCAGCUUCAAGUUUCUAAAAGUGCUGGAUUUGGAGUUCACUAGUAUUGGUUCUUUCCCAUCUGAUCUAGUUUACUUGAGGUAUUUCGCUGCAACUUGGGAGUCGGGUUAUUCUGCUGCAAAAGCUUGGAAGUCGUCGAUUUCAUCAUUCACAGCCAAUCGUUGGAACCUUGAAACUCUUAUAUUAAAAGGGGCUCGAGGAAGAAAGUUACCACCCAUUACACUCUGUGAGAUGGUUAAAUUGAGACACUUGCACAUUUAUGAGUGCAAAUUCACAAUAAAAAAUGCAGAAGAAUAUCUUGAAAACUGCAAAACACUUUAUGAUCUGAGAACUCUUUCCUAUCCAUGUUUUUCUUGUGUCCUGGAUGUGGAAAUGAUUUUGAGAAAUACACCUAAUCUACGGGAACUGAGAUGCCAAGUCCACGGUACCAAGUUUUACUAUAGAGAGAAUUUUCAAAGGCAGACUGAAAAGUACUAUGUAUUGAAUUUUCCUGCACAGCUUGAAAUGCUGCAGAUUAGUCGUAAGUCGUCAUUUCACAUUGAUGAAAAUACCCUCCCCUUUUGCAUCUCUUCACCAAACCUCAAAAACCUGAGACUAGAGAAGUUUCACCUGCAUCCUCGUCACUUUUCAGCAAUUGCUUCGCUUCAGAACCUUAAAGUACUCAAACUGAAAUACAUUCUGAGUGGCUCUAUAAAAUGGAAAGUGAGCAAUGGCGAGUUCCUUCAGCUCGAAGUCUUGGAACUAGAUGACCUCCGCAUUGGAGGAUGGAUUGUCGAGGACGAUGCCUUUCCUAACCUUCAACACUUGAUUUUGCUUGAAUGCAAAUCUCUAAAGGAGAUCCCUUCUUGUUUCGGAGACAUCUCUUCUCUGAAAUCCAUUAAGGUAGAGGAGUGCAACGAAUCUGUUAACAAGUCGGCGAGGGAUAUCUGGAAUACACAAGUUGAAGAUUAUCAGAAUUAUGGUUUCGAGGUCUUUAUCAGCGCGACAAGGCAUUACUAUUCAUAUUCAGACUAUGAAGACUAGAGCUCAGUGAUAGCUUAAUUGCAGGAAUUCUGUGAAGAACUCGAGGAUUAAGCAACUGAGUCAGGAGCUUUACUGAGAAGCUCGAGAAGAUCAGCAAUGGAAAAGAAAGAAAGAAGAUGAAUUGAGCGAAAUUAGAGAGGAAAUUGUAAUAUUUUCCAUUGAUGAUUGUAAUAUGUACAUUCAGAUGUUUUACAGUACUGAAUCUGUUGAAUUACACUGAGUAGAAUCCUAUUGCAUGUCUUGUUCAUAACCUAUUGCAUGAUUAUUGCAAGGAGAGCAAAGGAAGAGAAUCUUCUCCUAUGGAUAAGACAGUAAUAUACAAUUAGUGUUACUCUUUUCAUUCAAUUAUUUAA